AUGUUGACUUAUCGCGCUUGGUUGCUGUUAGCGCUGCUGGGCGCCCAGUGCGCGCUGAUACUGGGCGCGCCCGCCACCGGCCACGGUUACGACACAAAGAGCUUCGCCCAGGCCUACCUGGAGUGUCUGCGCUACCUGAACAUCUCGCGCCAGUCGCUGUACGCGUACGACAGUGCGGCCGUCCCGCUGAACUGCGGCAGCAACUGUCUGCUGCGCUGCAUCGGCCUGAACGCCCGCUGGUGGCACGACGAGACGGGGCUGAACGAGCGGGCGCUGGUGCGCUUCUUCCGCCAGGCGCCGGCCGACUCGCUGCUGCAGGCCCGCGCCUGCCUGGCCGAGCUACCCGCCCCGCCGGCCGACAGCUGUGCCGGCGCGUACUGGUCGUUCCGGUGCUACAGCGACGCGCUCGGCGAGCUGAUUGCCCACCCGGCGUACGUGGCACCGUGCGGGCAGGAGAUACGGCGCGCGGUGAGCGACUGUGCCACGAUGCUGCAGGUGGAGGACGGCCAGCUGCAGACGUGCGUGAGGACGGAAACGUUCCUACGGCAGGGCAACAGUGCCGCGCUGCUGCGGUGCGUCGUGCUGCGGCUCGGGCUGUACGCCGACUCGACCGGGGUGCUGUGCGACCGGGUGCGGCUGCUGAUGGACGCAGACACCGCCGAACAGUGGACGGUGGCACGGGCGGAGGAGGCCAAGCGGUGUGAGGAGGACUUGCGGGCGCUCGGUGCGGACACGUGCGUCGUGGCGGCCCACGCCGUGGAGCUCUGCUACGGGUGGCCGGCGUUUGGCGAACUCUGGGCAGUGCUGAAGCAGGAGUACGGCAGCUCGGAUGACGCGCUGGCAGAGGAGAGCGGGCAGGUGGUGGCUCGCCGGAGCUGUACGCCGUGGAUGCGACCGUUGAAGAUGGGUCGAAAUCAUCAGAAGGCUCGUCCUCGCAGGAUGAGGAAGGGCAGCUGCCUAAAGAUGUCAAACCGACCCAACUGGAGCUAG